UUGGCGUCAAUAUGUUCUACAUCUGCAUCAUAGUCUACCUGUACGGAGACCUGGCCAUCUACGCAGCAGCUGUGCCUAUAUCGCUAAUGGAAGUUGCCUGUGGAAACCACUCCUGCAGCGCUGGAAGUGUGAAGUACAACGAUACAGACCCAUGCUGGGGCUCUGUCACCAGGAAAGAUGCUUACCGGGUGUUUCUGAGCAUGUUCACUCUUCUGUUGGGUCCUUUCACCUUCUUCAGCGCCCAGAAGACCAAAUAUCUUCAGAUUCUCACCUCACUCAUGCGCUGGAUUGCGUUCACUAUGAUGAUCAUCUUGGCUCUUAUCCGCAUUGGUAAAGGCACCGGCGAGGGCCGCCCACCGGUCGCCUCCUUCUCUGGAGUGCCCAACCUGUUCGGGGUGUGCGUCUACUCCUUCAUGUGUCAACACUCCCUGCCCUCCCUGGUGACGCCCAUCUCUGACAAGAAGCGUGUCGGCACCCUGGUGUUGGCAGACUACAUCCUGAUCCUGGGCUUCUACCUCCUCCUCUCAUUCACCGCCAUCUUCUGCUUCGACAGCUCGCUGCUGCACGACAUGUACACCCUGAACUUCACGGACAACUGCAACGUGUUAGAUAUUCCAUUCCUGCGCUACUUCCUCGGCCUGUUCCCAGUUUUCACCAUCAGCACUAACUUCCCCAUCAUCGCCGUCACACUGCGCAACAACUGGAAGACCCUGUUCCACCGGGACGGAGGCACCUACCCGUGGGUGGUGGACCGUGUCGUGUUUCCCCUCAUUACACUGGUGCCCCCGAUCGUGGUGGCCUUCUGCACCCACAACUUGGAGUCCCUGGUGGGCAUUACAGGAUCCUAUGCUGGCACAGGGAUCCAGUACAUUAUCCCAGCCUGUCUUGUGUAUUACUCUAGACGCCAUCUGGAGCCCGUGAUGGGCAGGGAUGCCAUCAACAAGCACCAGUCUCCCUUCCGCCACGCCUUCUGGGUGUGGUUUGUUUGGUUGUGGGCCGCCUCGUGCCUCAUGUUUGUCACAGCCAACAUCAUCCUGACGGACACCAAGAAAUGAGAACUCACUGCUGUAAGAACUUUCUUUAAAAAAAAAAACAAAAAAAAAUCUCUAUCUGUUUGGCCAGUCUCUUUGUUCCUGUACACGAGGCCUUACUUGCUGCUGGUUGGACAGUGUGCCUUUUUAUGGGACGUUUGUUGCAUCUAUUAAAUUUAAUUAAGAGUAAUUUAUCAACUUUGUUAAAAGGGACCAAAUGUCACAUGUUUUUGUUCCAUCAAAAAAGCUGGAACAGUGCAUGACAACAAUGAAAGGGAAGUGAAAAAGGUCAUUUAUUAAACGGAUGUUUUGUCAACAAACAUAGUGUGAGGUUUUCACAAGGAUUUGCUCUCACACAACUUUAAAAAUAGACGUUAAGGGUUCAGUAUUAAGACAAACUAGUUUAUUCAAAGUGUCAAACUGCAUAAGGUUGGCUUGCUUGUUGGGUUUUCUCUUUUGGAGAUUGUUGUGGCCUAAAACGCCUGAUUUCACAGCAGUUUGUCUUAAAAAGAGCGAUGUUUUAAGGCAGUUUUGCAAUGAAAUUGCAGGAGGACAUUGCAAGAAUAAUUUAUAGAUUUUUUGGUAUAAUUCAGAAAAUAAUAGAAAGCAACUUUUUGUCGCUAGCAGUUUGGUGAUGGAUGGCUUAACGUUUGGUGCAGGGGACUGCUGUGAUUGCCAUGACUGGACAAAAUUGCAAGGUCGUGCAGAAUUCACUGGGAUUGGUUGAAUUUGCGUUAAAAUUAUGUAACUUGACCCCCAAUUCCAGCGUUGGAACGGGGGUGGGGGUGUCAGAUGCUGUCCGAUGAUCCGACAGUUUGUUUUAAGCAGACUAACUUAAGAGUUGUGCAGGUCGUCCAUCCUGUAGCUCUUUGUUUUAGUGUGUCUCAAUCAAAUCCCAAACUAUGGAAAAGGUAGGGUGUUCAGAUGCUGAGAGAUCCAUGGGACCUUCAGGGCAGAAUAUUCCAAUCAAAAUACAUUAAAGCACGUUUAAAGGAGCAGAGUAGCAACAAGAAGAAGAGCCUGUCACAUCCAGACUUGCUCUGUUGCUAAACUGCUUGGCUUAAUAAUGAAAUUGGAACAGAAACCAACAGGAACGAAUCAGGGACGAUCAGUCUUUCAUGGCUGACGUGUAUCCAUUCCCCUCAUGAACAAUGAAGCCCCCUCCGUGACAGAUCCACUGACAGAUAGGCCUCCAGGAAGAGCUCCGUCUCUGUUUAUCACCAGACACUCGCGCCUGUAGUUCAGACACGGGGCAUGUCUCCCCGUCUUUUUACUGCUCAGCACCCAUUCAUGACUCUGUCAGCUUCAUACUGUAUCUAUCACACAGCCCAACACCUGACAGCGUAAUGGUGAUCUACAGGGCUUCAGCUCUGGAUAUGGGAAAGGCGUCAGUGGCC